UAAUGAAAAAGCAUCCUUCCUAAAAUUUAUUAGAUUAUUGUGUAUUUUAUAAAGACAAAUAACUUCCAGCAUUACAUUAAACUGAAGCUGUUAAACGAGCUUUGAUUAUGGAUUCACUAACAAACAAUAACCAUCCACUUAAUUAGUUAAUUGAAAAAAAACAAACAUUUGUACCUUUUAUCAAUGAAAGAGACAGCAUGGGUAGAUUAAUAUCAAGUGAAUCUUAUCAUAGAAAAAGAAAAAGUGAUGCAUCCAGUAUCUUUAAUUCUCCAAAAAGUAGUCACCACUUUCUAAGUAAGAACUCAAUUUCAAAUACAAGUAGUUUAUAUGAAAAUUAACUACCUGCAACAAGGCUAAAAUUAAAGAAUCUUUUAGGAGGUACUCCUGAAAAUACAGAAUUAAUUUAAUCUACUUUAUUAGCUAGUUAAAGCGAAUUUAAAUAAUCAUUUUAGUUUAAUUCUAAACAUAAUCAAGUCUCUUUAAAAAUGCAUAGAAAGAAUAAUAGUUUAUAAAAUAAACUUCCAAUAUUUACUAAGGAAUAAAAGAUUCCAGAAUUAAAAUUGAUCAAGUAACCAACAACACCAUAAGCUACUCGAUUUUAUUAAAGUAAUUUUGUUAUUGAAAUGUUUAAUUAAAAUAAGUAUUAAUCUUUAAAAUAAUAAAAGAAUACCAGAAUAUAAAAUGUAAUAUGUUAUAUUAAUGGAAAGAAUGAGUAAAUUUUAAAUUGAAUUUUUGAAGAAUCUAACUGCAAAUGAAAGAAGAAGAACGUUUGUUAAGUUAGACAAUAAUCGAAGAUUUAAAUUGAGUUUAUUGUUACUAAUUUCUAAACCUCAUACCUAGUAUAGAAUGUUAUAAUGAUUUGUAUAUAAUUUAUAUAUGAUAAUAGUUUAAUUGUUAUUUAUUGUAGCUUGUAUUCACUUUGUUUUAGCCAAAUAUACAAUAUUUUUAGAUACCAAACAAGUAUAAGAAAGUUCCUUUUUAAUUGAUAUCAACUCAACCCAACAAGAAACAAAUAAAACAUUGGAAUUACAAAACUUUUAUAAUUAUUAAUAUGUAGGACAAAUCCGAGUGCUUUCAAAGGAUUCAAUAUUAAAGUAAAUAUUAAACAAUGAAUAGCUUUAAUGUUAUUUUUGAUACAGGUUCAUCACAGAUGUGGUUACCAAGUGUGAAUUGUUAAAGAUGUAAUAAAAAUAAAAUUGGAAUUGUUUGUGAUUAACCAACAUGUAUACCAUCAAAAGAAUAAGCUUAAAUUACAUAUCAUAUUGGUGCUUUAGUAGGAUUCAAAUGUUUAGGCAUGUUCUCAAUAAAUGAACAUUUCGAUGAAUCUCAAUUUAUUUUAGUUGAUGAAGUAACUGGUAUGGAAGGAGCAAUAUAUGAUGGAGUAGUAGGAUUGUAAUAACAAUCAAAUCAUUCAUUUAUUGAAUGGCCUAUUAGUUUAUAUUAUAAUUUUGAAAACUCUAAUCGUUAAUCAUCAAUUACAUUUGGAGGUUAUGAUGAAAGUUUAUUCAAUAAGGAAAUUAGAUUUGUUAAAUCUGAUGAGCAAUGGAUUAUCACAUCUUAAUAAAUAGAUAUUAAUGGUAUAUUGGGAGUUGAUUAUUAUGCGAUGAUUGAUUCUGGAAGUUCUUUACUGAUCUUUCCUAAAAAUAUUUUAAUCAAUUUACAAAAUGUUUUUAAAAACUGUGUCUGGACAGAAAUCAUUAAAUGCUCUUGUCCAACAAAUGAUAUAUUAUAAUACCCAACAAUUAAAAUACUUUUGGAUAAUUAAGAAUUUUCAUUAGAACCAUAAUUCUAUAUUCAUACAAAUAAUCAUGAACCUAUUUGUUAUAUAUUAAUAUCUAAUAUUAGAUCACAUAAUGAUUAGUUAAUGAUAUUAGGUAGUCCAUUUAUGAGAAAAUAUUAUACUAUAUUUGAUAAAUAAAAUAGUUAAAUUGGUUUAGUAGAAUCUUUACAAUUUUAAGAUUCAAAUUCAAAGAAUCUUUUAAAGAACUUUUUUACUUUAAUUGGAUGCACAAUUAUUGCAAUAGGAAUUAUUAAGAUUGUCAAUUAUAUUAUGGAAUAUGAAUUAAGAAAAUAUAAUAAUUAGAAAUCAUUAAUGGUAUGA